AUGCGGUCCUCCCCAUUCGUCGCUGCGCUGGCGACCUUUGGCUGUGUCAGUCUCUCCCUUGCAGCCCAGACGGAAGUCCAUGAGGCCGGCCGGUGUGCUAUCAGAGGCAACUGUGGGAAGCAGUCCUUCUUUGGCGGUGAGUUGCCUUGUCCUGAUAACGGACUGGCCCAUGAGCCAGACCAGAGGGUUCGACAAAAGCUGGUGGACCUCUGCGGGAAGAAGUGGGAAGAUGGACCGGUUUGCUGCAAGGAGGAGCAGAUAAAUGCGCUGUCGUCGAAUUUGAAGCUGGCGUCGGGAGUCAUAUCGUCCUGUCCUGCCUGCAAGGAGAACUUCUUCAACCUGUUCUGUACCUUCACUUGCUCGCCCAACCAGUCCCUCUUCAUCAACGUUACCAAUGUGGCCGAGGUGAACGGCAAGCUGUUGGUCACGGAGCUGGACAACCUGUGGUCAGAGGAGUACCAGAGCAACUUUUACGACAGCUGCAAGAAUGUCAAGAACGGAGCUUCGGGUGGGAAGGCCAUGGACUUCAUCGGCGGGGGAGCAAAGAACUACACCCAGUUCCUCAAGUUUUUGGGCGACAAGAAGCUUCUCGGCAGCCCGUUCCAGAUAAACUUCCGUACCGAGCCCCGGCUGCCAGACGACCAGAGCAUGAAGCCGGUGCCGGACGAAACGAGGUCGUGUGCUGACAAGGAUGAGGUUUACCGUUGCUCCUGUAUCGACUGCCCCGAUGUCUGUGCAGAGCUGCCGGCAAUCAAGGGAGAACAUCACUGCCGCGUAGGCAACCUGCCAUGCCUCACUUUUGCCGCAGUGCUGGUGUACUCCAUCUCCCUGAUGCUCAUCGUUGUGCUGGCGAUUGCGCGAUCAGCCUUCAAGCGGCACCGAGCGCGCAAUAUCGAACGUGUUCGUCUUCUCCAGGAUGAUGCUCCCAGUGACGAGGACGACGAGGGCGAGGUCAUCGAGGAGACUCGAAUCCCCCAACCGUACCGUCUCAACCAUGUGCUGGGCAACAUCUUUAACCGGUUAGGUGGCAUAUGUGCAAGAUUCCCAGGCUUAACAAUCACCUCGACCAUUGUGAUCUCACUGUUGCUCAGUCUCGGCUGGCUUCGUUUUGCGGUAGAGACAGACCCCGUCAGACUAUGGGUAAGCCCGACUUCGGCGGCUGCACAGGAAAAGGAGUAUUACGAUUCCAACUUUGAACCCUUCUACCGCAUCGAGCAAGUCUUUGUCGUCAAGGAUGUGGACACUGGGGAGCCAGAGCCUGUCUUGAAUUAUGAAACGCUGGGAUGGUGGUUUGAUGUAGAGAACCGCGUGCGCCGGAUGAUCUCGUUGAAAAAACGGUUAACACUAGAUGAUGUGUGUUUCAAUCCAACCGGACAUGCCUGUGUUGUCCAGUCGCUUUCUGGAUAUUUCGGAGGAUCGUUCGCCAACGUUAACCCGGACACAUGGCAGUCCCAUCUACAGCAUUGCGCUCAGUCUCCUGGCUCCCGGGAUUGUCUUCCCGACUUCCAACAGCCUCUAGCACCGGAGAUGGUCCUGGGGGGGUUCAAUGACACCACAAACAUCUUGGACGCUCGCUCUCUCAUCAUCACCUGGGUGGUCAACAAUUUCGAACAAGGAUCAGACAAGGAAGCCCGAGCAAUGGAUUGGGAGGAGACCCUGAAGCAGGUCCUUCAGGUUGUGCAGGAAGAGGCUUUCGAGCGUGGCCUCCGUGUCUCAUUCAGUACCGAGAUAUCGUUAGAGCAGGAAUUGAACAAGUCCACCAACACUGAUGCCAGGAUCGUCGUCAUCAGCUAUGUCAUCAUGUUUGUUUAUGCAUCUCUUGCCCUAGGUUCUACAGCUAUCAGCUGGCAGUCACUUGUUCACAAUCCUAGCCACGUCCUCGUACAGUCCAAAUUCUCACUGGGGAUCGUUGGUAUUAUCAUUGUGUUGAUGUCGGUGUCAGCGUCCGUCGGCCUCUUCUCCGCCUUUGGCGUCAAGGUCACCCUUAUAAUCGCCGAAGUGAUACCAUUCUUGGUCCUUGCUGUGGGAGUUGACAACAUUUUCCUCAUUGUCCACGAAUUCGAGCGCGUUAAUCUAAGCCACCCAGACGAUGAGAUUGACGAGCGCAUUGCCAGAGCUCUCGGAAGGAUAGGCCCAAGUAUACUGCUUUCGGCCACAACCGAGACCAUUGCCUUUGCGUUGGGUGUCUUUGUUGGAAUGCCUGCCGUGAAGAAUUUUGCAGCCUAUGCUGCUGGCGCCGUGCUCAUCAACGCCUUGCUCCAAGUGACAAUGUUCGUCUCUAUCCUAGCCUUGAACCAGAAACGUGUGGAAAGCCUCCGGGUGGAUUGUGUGCCAUGCAUUGCUGUCCGAAAGGCAGCCAGUACCGGGAUUGCUGGCGAGGAUAGGCCUGAUAUUAGUGAGAGCCUGCUGCAGCGGUUCAUCCGUACGGUAUAUGCCACCAGACUACUUGGAAAAAAUGUUAAGAUUGGCGUGGUAGUAGUCUUUCUGGGGCUUUUCACAGCCGGACUGGGCCUGAUUCCCAUGGUGAAAUUAGGACUGGACCAGCGGAUUGCCAUUCCAAACGGCUCAUACUUGAUACCAUACUUUAAUGACCUAUCUGAAUACCUCAGUGUUGGUCCUCCGGUCUACUUUGUGACGAGAGACGUCAACAUCACCACCAGGGAGCAUCAACAGCAAAUUUGUGGCCGAAUUACCACUUGCGACGAAUUCUCCCUCGGCUUCGUCUUGGAGCAAGAGUCUAAACGGCCAAAUGUCUCCUACAUCUCAGGCUCCACGGCAAACUGGAUGGAUGACUUCUUCUACUGGCUUAACCCGCAGCAGGACUGCUGCAAGGAGGGCGGCAAGACGUGCUUUGAAAACCGCCAACCCAGCUGGAAUAUCUCUCUCUAUGGCAUGCCAGAGGGGGCCGAGUUCAUCCACUAUGCAGAGAAAUGGAUCAACUCUCCAACGACGGAGGACUGCCCGCUUGGCGGCAAGGCGCCGUACAGCAACGCGCUCGUCCUCGACCAAAACCGCAUCAUGACCAACGCGAGCAGCUUCCGGACGGCACAUACUCCCUUACGCACCCAGGCUGACUUUAUCAACGCGUAUGCUUCUGCCCGCCGCAUCGCCAACGAUAUCUCGACCAACCACGGCAUUGACGUGUUCCCUUACUCCAAAUUCUACAUCUUCUUCGACCAGUAUGCAUCCAUCGUCCAGCUUACUGGCACCCUGCUAGGAUCUGCGGUUGCCGUCAUCUUUGUCAUCACAUCCGCUCUCCUUGGAUCCCUCCUCACUGGUGGAGUGGUGACCCUAACGGUCGUGAUGAUCGUGGUAGAUAUCAUCGGCGCCAUGGCCGUGGUGGGGGUCUCCCUAAAUGCCAUCUCACUUGUAAACCUGGUCAUCUGCGUUGGAAUCAGCGUCGAAUUCUGCGCACACAUUGCUCGCGCAUUCAUGUUCCCUUCCGCCUCGUUACUGGAGAAGGCACCACUGAAGUUCCGCCAUCGCUCGGCCAGGUCAUGGGCAGCGCUGGUCAACGUUGGCGGCAGCGUCCUCAGCGGCAUCACCAUCACCAAGCUGGUGGGAAUAUGUGUCCUCGCCUUCACCCGGAGUAAGAUCUUUGAGAUAUAUUAUUUCCGCGUCUGGCUUGCCCUCGUCAUCUUUGCAGCUGCCCACGCUCUCAUCUUCUUGCCCGUUGCCCUGAGCUUCGUUGGAGGAGACGGCUAUGCUGAUUCUCACGCCGUCGGUGGGCUGGAGGAAGACCUGGCAGCCCGCGGAUACAGGUCGUUGCUACUGGACGACGACUACUACGACUCAGACGACGAGGAACUCUAG